AUGGAGUGGCUGCUUUUGUUUCCUCCUUCCUUCCUACCGCAACCGGACUCCGUUUCAUCAUCUUCUCAAGUCUCAACCCACCCCUCCUCCUACCCUUUUUUUUUUGUGUGUUUGUGACGACACGACACCACACGAGAGGAGAGAGAGAGAGAGGGGCAACGCAACUAGUCCCCGCGCAACGCACGGUACGCCUCCGUUCCGUUCCCCUCUUUCCUCCUCCGCCGCCCGCCCGCCCAUUGCCGAGCUCCCCGCCGCACGCCCCAGCUAACUACCACUCCGGCACGGCAGGGCAGGGCAGGGCUCGCCGCCGGAGGGGAAUGUGGCAUCCUUACCUUCCCCCCUUGCCGUAAAACAAAGAAAGAAAGUCUCCCGUCUCGGCUCCUUGCGCCAUCGUCGACAGGGGAGGGGAGGUGGCGAGCAGUAGCAGGGGAGGGGAUCCUCCAGGUGGAGGGCAGAAACACCUAUGCAACAGGUGGAGGGCAGGAACUGUCUUCCUGCGGAGGUCAGGAUUGGCCUCGAGACGCUCAAGAGGCGCCGGCUUGAGAGGAUGCGUUUGACUGCUCAGAACAAUGCCGGCGACGGUCCUCCGGUGCCCGCAAGGAGCGGUGGGGAUGCGCUAAGGACUCCCGCAAACUGCGGGGUCAGGUUGCAUGCUAACAAUGGCACAGCUCUACCUAGCAGAACCACCCAGAACAAGGACCCUUUUGCAAAGCGCAGGGUGGACAAGUUUGAUAUGUCUAGCCUAGAAUGGAUUGACAAGAUCGAAGAAUGCCCUGUGUACUAUCCUACCAAGGAGGAGUUCGAGGAUCCCAUUGGUUAUAUACAGAAGAUUGCACCUGUGGCUUCGAAAUACGGAAUUUGCAAAAUCGUAUCUCCAGUAAGCGCUUCUGUUCCUGCUGGUGUCGUGUUGAUGAAGGAACAGCCUGGUUUCAAGUUCAUGACCAGGGUUCAGCCGCUUCGCCUCGCCAAAUGGGCUGAAGAUGACACGGUCACUUUCUUCAUGAGCGAAAGAAAGUACACUUUCCGGGAUUAUGAGAAAAUGGCCAACAAGGUGUUCGCCAAGAAAUACUCAAGUGCUAGUUGUCUCCCAGCUAAGUACGUGGAGGAGGAAUUCUGGCGCGAAAUUGCUUUUGGUAAAAUGGAUUUUGUUGAAUAUGCCUGUGAUGUUGAUGGUAGUGCUUUCUCCUCUUCUCCUCAUGAUCAACUUGGGAAAAGCAACUGGAACUUGAAGAAUUUUUCACGGCUUUCCAAUUCUGUGCUUAGACUUCUGCAGACACCAAUUCCAGGAGUAACAGAUCCAAUGCUUUAUAUCGGGAUGCUCUUCAGCAUGUUUGCUUGGCAUGUGGAAGAUCAUUAUUUGUACAGCAUCAAUUACCAUCAUUGUGGGGCAUUUAAGACAUGGUAUGGCAUACCGGGUGAUGCUGCUCCUGGGUUUGAAAAGGUGGCUAGCCAGUUUGUAUACAACAAGGAUAUUUUGGUUGGUGAAGGAGAGGAUGCAGCAUUUGAUGUUCUCUUGGGGAAGACAACAAUGUUCCCCCCAAAUGUCUUGUUAGACCACAACGUUCCUGUUUAUAAAGCUGUGCAAAAACCUGGGGAGUUUGUCAUUACUUUCCCUCGUUCCUACCACGCGGGUUUCAGCCACGGCUUCAAUUGUGGCGAGGCUGUCAACUUUGCUAUCAGUGACUGGUUUCCUCUGGGUUCUGUGGCCAGCAGACGCUACGCGCUUCUGAACAGAACACCCUUGCUUGCACACGAGGAGUUACUUUGCCGUUCUGCAGUGCUUCUGUCCCACAAACUGUUAAACAGCGACCCAAAAUCCCUCAAUAAAUCUGAGCAUCCACAUUCACAGCGUUGUUUGAAGUCUUGCUUUGUGCAGUUGAUGCGAUUCCAGAGAAACACACGUGGCCUACUUGCUAAAAUGGGCUCUCAGAUACAUUAUAAGCCAAAAACAUACCCGAAUCUCUCAUGUAGCAUGUGUCGGCGUGAUUGCUACAUUACACAUGUGUUGUGUGGAUGCAACUUUGACCCAGUCUGUCUUCAUCACGAACAAGAACUCCGGAGCUGCCCUUGUAAAUCUAACCAGGUUGUCUACGUUAGGGAGGACAUACAGGAGCUAGAAGCUCUAUCAAGAAAAUUUGAGAAGGAUAUUUGCUUGGAUAAGGAAAUAAGUGGUUUUGACUCAUACAAGCAGGCCGAAAAGAAUGAGCCAUUUUUUGAGAUAACUCGGAACCUCAGGAACACUGAAGUAAAUUUGAUAGAGGAUGCCUUCUCAGGAGCAACUGCUGCUGAUGCUGCAAAGAGUUCUCCUGCAACGUCAACACUGACAUCUUUUGCACAACAUGAUGUGCCUGUUCUUGCUGAAGCAAUUGUCUGUGCUAAUCAAGCCGACCAAUUAUACUCCACCACCGAGCAAACCAUCAGCUCACCUUUAGUCAAAGGAACUGAUGCUGUGGGUGCAAAUUCAUCCAGCAUGGCUGAUGCUAAUAACGGAACUGGUUCUUGUAAUGCUUCAGCUGUGGAAUACAGUGGAAAUUCAGAUUCUGAAUCUGAAAUAUUUCGAGUCAAGCGCAGGUCUGGCGUAUCAGUAAAGCCUGCAUCUGAUGCCAAGACAUCAAACUUGUCUGAUCAACAGGUUCUCAGGCGGUUGAAGAAGGUGCGCCCUGAAAUACAACAGCACAAUAAGCGACCAGAAGACUAUGGUCACUGUUCAGUUCCCUCAGGUCGUAUGAGUAUGAAGAAUUUGAAUUCAUCCUCCUCAUGUGGUGAAGAACACUGGAGGAUGAAGCGGCGGCAGUUGGAGACUCAGCAGGAUGAGAGCAGUUAUUCUGCAAAGCAGAAGUCGUACUCGUAUCCAUCCACCAGCUAUUCUUUCCGAGGAGAGUUUGUGGAAAUGAGUAGAGAUGCUGCUGCAGAAGUCCGACCAAAGCGACUGAAAAUCCGGCUACCUUCUUCUAGCACGAACAGAGUGGUUGAGCAGGGCAGUUCAGGGCAAAGAUUUACAAGGGAUGACAAGUCGCUUGGUUGUUGGCCUGCAAUUUAGAAUUUAGAAAAAAAUGCUGACGCAGGUGCUAACCUCUGAUGGAGAUAAAGAUUUCCUUGUUUAGGUGGGGCUGUUGACUACACGAAAUGAUAGGGCUGGGAUGGAUCGAUGAGGUUGAAUAUAAAUGAUUAGCACAGAAGCUGACUGACUUUAGAAGGCUGGUUAAUCGAUUCUUUGUGCAGCAGUGCCUCCAAUUUGAGGCACAUCUAGGCACGGUUAGAAGAGACAGACACAUGACGAUUCUUGUUGCUGGAGGUUCUGGGUCACUGCUUUGCUGCUGUUUGAUGCCUGCACUGCAAGUGACGUACACACACUAUAGGACCUCGCUCUACCCUUUGAUUAUAUCUCUCUAUUUUUCUUCUUCUUUGUCAGCAACCUUAGCUGCUGCUACUCUAUAGCUAACUGUAUUCUUUCAUACGCUUGUUCCAUCAAGUUAAUCUGCUGCUUAAUGCCAUUGAUUCAAUAGUGAAUCAUCGUUCUUUC